GCCCCACCCCUUUCUAUUACUCUCUCCGUAGGCCGUAGUCUACGGGCGGGUCUCGCUCGGGGCUAUCCAAUCAGCGGUCUCAGGAAGCGCCGGCGGCGGAUCACGUGGGCCCCGCCCAAGAGGUCCCGGAAGCAGCGGCAGCAGGAGCCAGGGUGUGCAUGGAGGGAAGACCCUGACUGCUGCCCUGUAAGGCAUGACUGUCUUCUUCAUUCAGCAGGACUGCUCCAUUUCAGGGUACUUUCAGCCUUGUCCAUCCUCCUCUUGGCCUUAACUCAGCCUCCCCUUCACACUCUCAUGAAUAAGAAAAAAGGAGGACAUUUUGUUCAAGGAAACACAAACAGGACUGGACCAAGGAAUGGAGGCCAGGGCCAAGGACCUCGCUGAUGGCGACAGGGGUGUACAGGUGCAGGUCCGGCCGAUGGCUCCAGGGGACGAGGCUGCCACCCGGGGACUCUUGGCGGUGGUGUCGGCAGAGUUGGGCUCGGCCGUUGGAAACCGGAUGGUGUGGCGGCCGUGGUUCCUGCUGCUACUAGGUUGUGGCUUUGCGCUUCUGGCAACCUCGUCGCGGUCCCUGUUGCUGCCCUUGCUGGUACUGGCACUUCUCCUGGCUGUUGGCCACCCUGCCCUGGCCCAUAUGUGGUCUCUGUAUGUCCAUCAAGACAUGAGCCUGGGUCUGGGGGCUUCAGGGGCCACAAGCUUUCGAUUCUGGGUGGCUGUGGACACCGAGGGCAGUGUGGUGGGCACGGUGGGUGUGUCAGGGAUUGGGGAAAGUGGAGAUGGGAAAUUGGAGUUGAGGUCCCUAGCCGUGGGCCCAAAGCAUCGGGGUCGUGGGGUAGGCAGGGCCCUGUGCCAGGCUGUUCUGGCUUUUGCCCGUGACUAUCCCGGCUGCCAGAUUGUGGUGCUGGACACACAUAUGCUCCAUGGUCCUGCCCAGAGACUUUUCUCCAGCCUUGGCUUCCAUCCAGGCCCUGCACGCCUGCAGCCUACACUUAGUGGAUUCCUGGCUAACCUCCCUGUCAUUCGCUACCACCAUGCCCUGGCUGGCAACAGCACUGAAGAGGACAGCCCAGGGGGUGAGGACUGAGCCUUCUACUUGUCAGCCAGGGGACCGAGCCUCCCACCCACCCAGAGACUGAACCUCCCACCCACCCAUCUGCCAGCCCAGCGAUGCCGCUCUGCUGGGUCUCCUGGGAAUGGAGGGCCUUGUGCCAGCUCUGCAGCCUUGAGGGAGGGUCGAUGAGCAGGUGACGGUGGGCACUGGGGUUGUCAAGCGGGGAGAAUUCCUGUGGGGGCUGGAUGUGGUGACGGGUGGGAAUCAGGGUCAGGUGGGUGAUGGGUUUCCUGGGGACACUUUCAGGGGCCUGAGCUGAGGAACCAUGGGAAACUGGAGAGGCCAUUCUGCUGAAAGAGGACAUAAAGGGAUUUCAGGGCAGCUGGGAGGGUGCCCAUCUAGUCGGAGCUACCCCAAAGUGGGAUGGGCUACCUCGGGAGAGGGUGGAGUCACCAUUUCUGUGGGGCUUGAAGUAGAGGUGGGGGUCUAUGGGUCAGAGAUAUCACGGGGGGGAUUCCUGUUCAGUGCAGGCUUGGACUGGUUGUGCUCUCCAAUUCUAGGGCCACCUAGCACACAGACAUUCAGUAAAUACUGUUGGAUUGGGGCCUGGACAGAGCCUAAGAAAAUAAACUAUUCUCCACCUCCCACACCCCCGCCCCCUCAGCUUUGUCUCUCUUUUGAGACUUUCCAGAGGCGCAUUAGAGAUGAGAAUGGCGUCUGAGGCCUCCCUCCCCUUCUAGACGCUGGACCGAGUGUGCCCACCUCGUCCUCCCUGCCCCAUCCCAGGUUUCCAAGCCUGGACCUGAGAAGCCCCCAGGUUUGUGCCCCAAGUCUCACCAGGUGAAAUCUGUUCCCAAGGAUCCUCACUCAGGUCCUCCAGUGGACCAUUGCUCUGAGCCUCGGUCGGGGCUUUUACCUUUCCCUGCCAAGCUUCUGCGAUCUGUGGGCCCUCAGCCCUGGCUCCCUGCGACUGCCUGCUGUGGGAGCUCGGGGUCUGGAGUCGAGUGCAGUGUGGGCAUCUUGGCUCACAUGGAGGAAGGGGUCCUCUUACACUAUUGUUGGAUGGAAGAUUCUGGCAUUUCCCAGUUUGCCCCUCUGAGCCUCUGGCAGAAUGGGAGUAACAAGACCUGCCCUCUCCAGCCAACUUGGCACCUUUGGAGCAGAGUGCUUUGUAAACCAAUUAGCAAGCUUUUAUGCCAAGCCAGGAAGCGUGCUAAGUGUUGGGCGUGCAGACAGAAUGGAUGUAAGCCUCAGAGUGCCAGAGAAUGGACAUUCUGGUUGUUACUGCAGUCGCACAUUAUCAUGUGCUGCUGCCACCUCCUGGUGCCCGAUUCUAACUUCGCCUUUCUUCCCUCACUCUUGUCAUUGGGCAUUUCCUAUGGCUUAUUUCUGAGAAAAUGGGCUCGGGAACAGUAUAUCAGGGCUAAGUCUUUAGAUGUACAUCAGAAACAAAUUCUCCACCCAGGGCUGGCCCGGGGCUUCCGCUCAGCCUUGGAGUGCUCCAGAGGUCACCCUUUCCUACCUCAGGCAAGAGAGACCACACCACUCGCUUGCCAAAAGGCUGCAGGCACUGCUCUGAUGGGCCGAGUUUUUCAUCUGUCCUGAAAUUCUAGGCCUCCUCUUAGCCAAUCCGAGAUCCUUGCCUUCCCUGUCCAUAGGAAUCUCCCUCGGGUCUGUGGGGGUCCCGCUCGCUCCACAGGCACCAACACUGGAGUUGGAGCUAGUCCCUGGGCCUUGCCCACGAGUCGUGUCUGUUGGCCAAGGCUCAGGGACUGUGGGUGGGUGCCCAUUGAAUUCAGCUGGCUCUGGGCUCUUGGGGCAACCCUGAGAGAGUGUCCCAAGUCAGGAGAAAGAACAUGGGGCACAACUAGGGAGGGAGUGUGGAGAAGAAAGCCCGUCUGUUCCUCCAGCUUGUGUCCUUGUUUGUCCAUCGGUGGGUGGUGAUGUAGGAAACAGAGACCCGUAAGCUCACCAGACCCGUAGGACCUGGGGGCGGGCACUAAACCCAAAUUUGAAUGUGGGUGAUAGAAGACUAAUCUGACUUGGACCAUUAAAGCGAGACCCUGCCUAGACAUGGCCGUCCGGUGUGGAACCUUUCCUAGUGCAUGCUUCCUGAAUCUCUAAUUUUCUUUUUCCUUGUAAAUAAACUCAAUAAAAUGCAUUGGUGUGGA